AUGGCUCAGGGCGGCGUGAAAUCCUCCUCGCGCCCGGCGCCGACGGGCAAGCCCAAGCAAAAGUCGACCAAGAACGCAUCGCGCGUGGCAAAGCCGCAGAAGGCCAAGGCCCACGGCUCCGCCGACAAGAUGCAGAAGAAGCUCGCAGCCGGCCUCGUCGGGCGGACGGAGAAGCUGCUCGGCGAGCGAGCCGGCCACCUCGAGCUCAUUGGCAAGGGAAAAAAGGCCAAGGGCGCCAAGGAUGAGAAGACGCACAAGGGCGGCAGCCGCAAGUACGGCUAA